CCUCGAGGGCUGGCUCGUGAAAGCGCGCGGUGGUGACGUAUUGAACACGCGCACGCCACUUCUCCAGCUAGGCUAGCAAUUUGCUGUCAGUUUAUCACUAAACUCUUCAGUCGUAUAAACUCUUCGGUUUCUCACUCAAGGCGAGGAGGACCGUUUGGCAUUAUAUGCAAGAGGCGUUUCCCACAGUUUCGGAUGUAAAUAAUGGCUGAGGCCUCAGGGGCAGACCCUGAGGAAUUAAGCGCAGAGUCUGUUCCUGAGUCAGUACUGGGGAAACCCAGCCAGCAACACUUCAAGAGAAAUCGCCCACGCUCGGACCACAAUCGCAGCUGCAGAGGACCUGACAGACCCCACCUGAGGCAUGCAAAGGAAGCGUAUGAGUCCCAUGACACUGCUGCUAGACAAUCGCAUGACAACUCCACCAGAAAUGGCAUAAGGAGAGGGAGAGGAGGAAGAGGAAGAGGAGGUGAUAGUAGCCGUAAUAGUGAGCGCCUGACCCAUAGACCGAGAUGGUCAAGGCCUAAAAGCGAUAAUGUUUACUCGGGGCCGAAUCACAUGACUGACUGGGGCCAGCGACGCAGUAGCCCUCCAGCCUAUAGAUCCGCAGAUGGGGAUAAUCAGCAGAGGCCCCCAAAAGGUGCCGGUGGUGGAGAUUUCCAGCCGGACCCCCGAGACACCUGGCCAAAAAGGACCACGAAAGGGAGGGGAGAGAGGGAAGCAAGGGGGCCAUUGGCUAGAGACGAGGAGACGAAUCGGGAGGCAGACGGCGCGGGCAGCGUCACAGGCGCCGAGCGUCCAGAGCCGGAGUACGACCAGAGGUGGCAGAAAGGGUGGAGAGGUGGAGGGAGGCAGCACAACCCCAGAAGGAAGGGGCCGGCCUGCCGUCCUGGCAGCCAGGGGAACUGGAGAGAAAGAGAGCCUGCUCACCUGGGAGGAGACGGGGAGCAGGAGGAGGAGCAGCGACAGGAAGAGGGAAGGGGAGGCGCACCGGAACCGAGCUGGAGAGGUGGGAGAGAGGGACGGGAUCAAGGGAAAAGGGCCCGGAUGCAGGAGCAGGCGCGGGAUGCGCCGGCAGGAGCGGGACGUGCCGAGAGGAGGACGGGGCUAGUUAAACGCGUGCAGCCUCCCAAGAGCAAAGAGACUCAGACAGGCUGCCUGAUCGAGCAGCUGACAGAAGAGAAGUACGAGUGCAUGGUGUGCUGCGACGUGGUCCGCGUCAUGGCCCCCGUCUGGAGCUGUCUGAGCUGCUUCCACGUCUUCCACCUCAACUGUAUCAAGAAGUGGGCUCGCUCGCCUGCGUCUCAGGCCGAUGAUAGUGUGGAGGGCUGGCGUUGUCCUGCUUGCCAGAAUGUGACGUUUAAGGCACCAAACUCUUAUACCUGCUUCUGUGGGAAGGUGACCAAUCCAGUGUAUCAGCGCACCGAGAUUCCCCACAGCUGUGGUGACAUGUGUGGGAAGAAGAGAACUGGGGGGAUGUGCAGUCACCCCUGCAACAUUUUAUGCCACCCAGGCCCUUGCCCGCAGUGUCCCGCGUUUGUAACCAAAUCCUGCCUUUGUGGACGAACGAGUAAGCAGGUGCGCUGCAGUCAGGUGGACAGUCUGCGCUGUGAACAGGUGUGCAGCGCUUUACUAAACUGCGCAGAACACUACUGUGCCCAGAUUUGCCACCAGGGCCCCUGUGAACCCUGUCAGCUUCGUGUCCAGCAAGUGUGCUACUGUGGGGUGACUCACCGGGAGGUGGCGUGUGGGACAGACAGGGAUGGCUUCGAUGGAUCUGGACAUUUCACCUGCCACAAACUAUGUGGAAAGAUGCUGGAGUGUGGGGAGCACCGCUGCCAGCAGCCGUGCCAUCGGGGCCAAUGCCAGGCGUGCUCGCGCUCGCCCAGCCUGGUGCACACCUGCCCCUGCGGGCAGACGGCCCUGGCCAAGCUGCUGGAGUUGGGCUCUCCAGAGAGACGCCGCUGCACUGACCCCAUCCCUUCCUGCAGCAAGGUCUGCAGUAAGCCCCUGCCCUGCGGAGACGCUGACACUGUGCACCUGUGUGAUAAGCUUUGUCACGAGGACAGCUGUGGCCCAUGCUCCCUCACCUCCACCAUUAAGUGCAGAUGUGGCAGUAAGACAAAGGAGGUCCCAUGUGCAAUGAUUCAGAGAGAAGAGGAGCUGGUGUUCUCCUGUGAGAGGCGUUGCACUAAGAAGCGCUCCUGUGGCCGGCACAAGUGUGGAGAGCUGUGCUGUGUGAUUCAGGAGCAUAAAUGCACAUUGAUUUGUGGCUACAAACUCAACUGUGGUCAACACCGCUGCCAGGACCUUUGUCACCGUGGAAACUGCCAACCCUGCUGGCAGACCAGUUUUGAUGAGCUGCCCUGCUACUGCGGUGUGACGGUGAUAUACCCGCCUGUCCCAUGUGGCACCAAACCACCAGAGUGUAAAAACCCGUGUACACGCCCACACGACUGCGAUCACCCAGUGCUCCACUCCUGCCACAGCGAGGAGAGAUGUCCUCCCUGUACAUACCUCACCAAGAAGUGGUGCAUGGGCAAGCAUGAGCAACGGAGCCACGUCCCCUGCCACCUGCAGGACAUCUCCUGUGGUUUGGUGUGUAAUAAGCUGCUGCCCUGUGGCUCCCACCACUGUAAGAGGAUGUGCCACCGUGGGGAGUGCCAGGUUCCAGGAGAGUGUCGGCAGCCUUGUCUUCACCCCAGGCCUGAGUGUGGGCACCCCUGCAACGCCCUGUGCCACCCUGGAGCCCCUUGCCUGUACACCACCUGCACUGCCAAGGUGGCAGUACAGUGCGACUGUGGCCGCAAGAAGGAGACCGUGCUCUGCACAGAGGCAGCCAGCUCUUACCAGAGAUAUGCGGCCAUCUCUGUGGCGAGUAAGCUGGCGGACCUGCACCUGGGAGAGUGCGUUGACAUCGGCCAGCUCACCAAGAAGGAGCAGACGAGAGCCAGGCUGGAGUGUGAUCAAGAGUGCGCUACGCUGGAGAGAAAUCGGCGACUGGCUGAAGCUCUGCAGAUCGAUCUGUCAGCCGAGCCGUUUAACAGCAGAGCCUCCUGCAAAUACAGUGACUCGCUGAAAGAGGACGCCAGAAGAGAAUUCAAAUUUGUCAGCGAAGUGGAGGAGGAGAUCAGGAAACUGGUCGAACUGGCAAACACGGGCAAACAGUCCAGGAGGAGCCACUGCUUCCCGCCCAUGAAGCGUGAGCAGCGCCGCGUCAUCCACGAGCUGGCCGAGGCCUACGGCGUGGAGAGCGCCAGCUACGACAGUGAGCCCAAGCGCAACGUCGUCCUCACCGCCGUCAGGGGCAAAUCGGCCUGCCCGAACGCCACCCUGACUGCCCUGAUUGAGAGAGAGACCGCAGGCAGGGCGCCACCCCCCAUCGCCCAUGUCAAACAGUGCAGCAAGGCUGAGAAUAGCAGCGCUUGGCUGAAGCAGGCCAGAGACCAACCUCCCAUUGAUUACUUUGAUGUUCAGGAUUGAUGAGACCUGUGACACUAAUGAUGGCUGUUCUGGGCACUGUAUUCAGAUUAAGUGUUGCGUUAAAUAAAACUGGGCAGAAUUUGCUUUAUUGCAAGA